AUGUUGCUGCAGAAGAGAUUUCGACACGAGCUUCAAAGUUCAGGUCUGCUGAUUGUAGAUAAAGUCUCAGGAUGCGACUGAAGACAUCACCACUUGCGGGUGACAAUUUUCCAUGACGACAAGAGUGACAAUGCCUGUCCUGUGGACAAAUUGUGGAAAAGUGUGGGUUGAUUGACUGAUCGGGAAUUUGAAAACUGUUCAAAGUAUGAAACGCAGACAGUGGAAAAAGCAUCUGCUCUCGGGAAUUUGCAUCAUACUCCUGCUAUUCCUACUGCAAGUUUUUCUAGUCUGGUUCGUGCCCAGUGUGAGUGUAGCCAACUGGGUGUUUGUGGCCAGACUUCGGCACGGGGAGGUGGAUGUGGAGCAGGCGUUGCACGUUCGGUGGGACACUCAGAGGAAAGACCAUCGCAGGAGACCUAUUCGUGGGAGGAUUAGUCAAAAGCCUGUGCUGUCUGGACAACAACGACCGAUGGGAAACGACACUGAAAUGAUUACUCCUGCAAUUCAUGAUGAUCCAUCAGUCCAAGCCAAGUUGUCAUUAUUACAGCAACCAUGGACGCCAGAAUCCAGAACAGCCUUACUCCAGAUACUGGAGCCAAGUUUGUUCUCUGAUCGGAUAGAUCCGGUCAGCGAUAGCGUCUGCUACCUGCCAGCUAUCAAACCACCUGAUAUGUGUGGACACACCGAGUGGGAAUGUAGCCUUGAUCCAACAUACGUUUACCACGACAGAAUCAACAGAACUCUACAUGUGUCUUGUGAGGGCGAAUUCCAAAUCAACUUUAUUUCAAGAGAGGAGAGCGAGACGAGACUCCCUAACCAUGAGUUUAUGCCGGACCGUGAGUGGCAUAGCUACCGUGGGCCCACUACAGUACCCUUCCCAUCCCAGUAUGCUGAUGUAGUUUGUCCGAAGACAGUUGGAGAAGACAUUGUUGACCAGCAUAACUACAGGACACAAUUUGUCCGGAAUGUCACCUCUGAGAAAGAACAGAUCAAGAAAUUUGAAAAGCUGAGUGCUUCUUCUAGUGAUUGGCAGCCUCUCACCAUAUUAUCCAUCAACAUAGACUCCAUGUCUAGACCACAUUUCCAUCGACCCUGCGGAUUACCAAAGACAGCUCAACUUAUUAAGGAUCUGUAUUAUUCACACACAUCUGGUAGUACAGACAGCCCAUCAAAUCACAAAGUCCCGUCCCAUCAGGCCUUUCUGUUCAAUCGUCUCAACUCUGUGGGAGGUGUGACUGCUAUGAAUCUCACCCCGUUAUAUGCAGGUAUUUAUUUACGGAGGAGUGACGAGGAAAAAAGAGUUUUGCUACACAGAUACCCUCGUAAAAUCAAGGAGUGGAUUUGGGAUUAUGCCAACAGUCUUGGAUACUUGACCAGCUAUGGUGUGGAUACAGGCAACGGGCUGUUCGGCACAAGGACGGUGUGUAAGACGUGUACCAACAGGCCAGGAUCCUUGCCUCAUUGGGAGGAUGGAUGGGUCAAGAGAGAAAACGAAGAGGUGCGUCCAGGUGUGCUGGCUGGGCUGUGCGAUGGUGACACAUUCAUUCAUGAACACAUCAUGAACUACACGCAGGACUUCUUGAAUUCAGACUAUCCAGUCAAGUGGGCAGCAUUUGACGUUAAUGCCAAACACAGGCCAGAGCCAGAUUCAGCAACUCAGAUUGACGACAGUUUGGUUCAUCACUUAAAAGAGUUGAUGGAAUCACAACCAAAUCUAGUUAUAUUCUUGUUUGGUGACCAUGGCGACCGUUACCAUGGUAAUUACACCGAUCAUCCAGGAAGUUACCUGGAGAUUUUCCUUCCGUUUCUGAGUAUAAUCGUCCCCAGAUUCGUGAUGGAGGAAAACCCGGACUGGGAGCGGAAUCUGUUGAUCAACAGCCAGAGAUACGUGGUUCACUAUGAUCUUCACCACACCAUGAAGUCUCUCAUGCACUAUCCAGCACUGCACAAUGUCUCCGGUCAUCUCUCCAAGAACUCCUACAACUUGUUCACACAGGUUGUACCAAGAUCCAGAACUUGUGAUGUUGCCAACAUGCCCUAUUGGAGCUGUGUAUGCGGCGGUCCAAAGUUUUUGCCGCAGGAUAGAUGGACAGACCAACAUGUGUCAUUAGCCAGGGCAGCAGUAGAUGAGAUCAAUCACAAACACUCUAAGGAUGCUUUACUACAGCAAGAUGCUACAAAUAAGAACCUGUCAACAUCUUGUAUGGAUAUACAAUUGGCUAACAUCACCAGCAUAGCGGCCUAUGAGCAUGAGUACGCUGGUGUCUUCAGUGCGUAUUAUCACAUCAUGUUCACAUCCAAUGAAGGGCCAUCGGUCUGGCAGGUCACAAUAGAUAACCAGGCCAGCGUAGACUCACUGAAGCAGGUUUCCCGAUAUCGAAAGUACGAAGAUUGUCAAGAUUACAGGGUCUCCAUCGAGUUCUGCAUAUGUCGUCAGUUUCCGCCAGGCACACCUUAGUACAAAUUGGCAACUUGCUGCAAAGCAGACAAGUCUUUUCCUUUCAUCACUUGGCGUCUUACAGCUUUCAUUUCCUAAAGGUUUCUUUAAAAGCCGUUCCUUCCCUUUAAUUUAGUAAAAAAAAGAGAGCAUAUUUUGCAUAUUUAUGUCAAAUUGAAGACAAUGCAAAGUUUGUGUUUUAAUCAUAGCAAUGCUUAGGAUGUUAUGAGGCAUUUUUGU